AUGGCCGGCGGAGCGCAACCUCAACCCACAAAUGGCCAGUUCGACACCUGGUCACCAACAUCCUGGCAAUCAAAGCCCAUCAAGCAAGUAGUCAAGUACGAGGAUCAAACAGCAGCGGAUGCGGCAUUGAAGCAGCUCUCAAAACUCCCACCGAUCGUCACACCAACAGAGAUCUGGAAACUCAGGGCAAGCCUACGUGAUGCAGCUCUUGGGAAGUCGUUCCUGCUGCAAGGUGGCGAUUGCGCCGAGCUGUUCUCUUACUGCGCCGAGGACCCUAUCGAUGCCAAACUCAAGCUUCUCUUGCAGAUGAGUCUGGUUCUCAUUUGGGGAUCCAACAAGCCUGUGAUCCGUAUCGGCCGGAUAGCUGGACAGUAUGCAAAGCCGAGAUCAAGCCCGACUGAGACCGUGGACGGUAAGGAGAUCCCCAGCUUCCGCGGUGAUAUCCUGAACGGUUACGACCCAGAACAUCGCAAGGUGGCCCCGGAGAGGCUGGUUAGCGCAUACUUCCACUCUGCUACAACGAUGAACUACAUUCGUGCUCAGCUAGCAAGUGGCAUUGCCGACUUGCACAACCCUAUGGACUGGGGCCUUGGACACGUGGGCGACAUGGAGCUGCAAGCAAAGUACACUGCUAUUGUCAAUAGUAUCUCUGACUCCCUGCGUUUCAUGCGGACAAUUGGUGCAGACACAUCAGGACAGCUGCAGACUGUCGACCUGUACAGCAGUCACGAAGGUCUCGUUCUGGAAUACGAGCAGAGCUUGACAAGAAGACUAAAACAUCCCGCUGGUCACCCCGGUGCUCAGACUUCGACAGACGGCAAGGGUUGGUACAACACCUCAGCGCAUUUCCUUUGGAUAGGAGACCGCACAAGACAGAUCGAUGGUGGCCAUGUUGAGUACUUCCGUGGUAUUGAGAAUCCUAUCGGUAUCAAGGUCGGGCCUUCGAUGAAGAAUGAUGAGUUGAUUGAGCUGCUGGAUAUCGUCAACCCGAAGAAGGACAUUGGCAAGGUUACUCUGAUCACGCGUUAUGGAGCUGGAAAGGUCGAGUCAAUGCUGGGCGGGCACAUUGAAGCUGUCAAGAGCAGCGGACACGUCGUUGUCUGGCAGUGCGACCCAAUGCACGGAAACACUCGCAGUACAUCAUCCGGCAUCAAGACUCGCUCUUUCAACAACAUCUUCUCAGAGCUUUCCUCGGCCUUGAAGAUCCACAAGCAGCACGGCUCCUUCUUGGGCGGUAUGCACCUCGAGCUUACUGGCGAUGCGGUCACAGAGUGCACGGGUGGAAGUCAAGGACUCGAUGAUGAGGACUUGAGCCUGAACUACACUACCUACUGUGAUCCUAGGCUCAACGAGAAGCAGGCGCUGGAGUUGGCGUUCUUGGUUGCAGGGCACUACCGUGAGGAUGCGGCGAUGGUUGACAUGGAUGCGCGCGAUCCUGCAUUCGCAUCGCGACUCAGCAGCCUCGGUGCUGUUCAACCCAACCCUCACUAUUCGCCGACGUCACGAUCCGAGUUCGACCCCCAACCUCAGUCGCAGCGACAGUCGCAACAUAUACUUGGUGAUAUGAUGCAGGCGCCGCCUCAGUCAGCGUUCCCGGAUCCGAGAAACAACCCAGUCCUGCGGGUGCUAGAAGCAAGACAGAGGAUAGCAGAUGAAGCCGAAGCAGAGAUAAGCAACGUCGGGCGAAGAGGCUUUGAAGGCAGGAAAUAUGUGGAUGCUGGUGUCAUUCAGUUGGCGUUGAUGAGGCAAGCGCGUGGCGAGCCUGCACAGAGGAUCGAGAACGGUUUGGGGAUCAAGAGGGGAAGAUUGAGCGUGCUCAGCCCUGGAACAGUGGGAGCCGUGCAGAUGGACAACUGA